AUGUCAGCUUCUAGCGUUGCAAUGUUUUCUAGCAGCGCAUUGCGCCGGCAUCCUGCGAGCCUUUUGCCGCGCAUCGUGCAUAAUCCUUCCUUGACAGAUCUUAUCCGCUACCCAGUCACGCGGGACAUGGUCGCUUACAUCGCCAAGCAAGCGUCCAAUGUAAUCCAAUGCUCACCAGAGUCGAGCGAUGGCACAAAUGCAGUUCGAACUCAGAACUUGCCGAGCUUGGAGGCAUUUAUUAUGAUGCUAGUGGAAAAAAGCAAUGUGCAGGUCCCAACGCUGCUAAGUACACUGGUAUACUUGGACCGUCUGAAGAACCGUCUGCCUCGCAUUGCUAAAGGUAUGCCAUGCACGCGUCAUCGUGUGUUUCUUGCUUCACUUAUUGUGGCUGCGAAGUAUUUGAACGACUCCUCGCCGAAAAACAAGCAUUGGAUGAGAUAUUGUGUGUUUUUCUCCCAAGCUGAGGUCAAUUUGAUGGAGAAGCAACUGCUCUACCUACUUGACUACGACCUUCGCAUUGAGGAGGAUGAGAUCAUGUUUCAUUUUAGUCCCUUCUUCCGUCGAUUCGAGACCCGCGCUGACGCUGGACGUCGCGAAAUGUUCCUGCGGGGAUGCGAUGCGGGCCGCGAAUGUGAUAGAUACGCCCGUGCGUCUGAACGCCGAGUAGCGUUGCGGAAUCUCCCUGCGUCACAGGUUCCAUGCUGGAAUAACCAUCCAAAGAGCCAGCCCUCCACGCCCAAACGUGUUUCGCCGCCUCGCGCUCAGGCAGCACGUCCUUCCAAGGGAUUGCUCACACCCACGGCAACACUCAAGGCGAUGUCGCUUCAUGUACGGAACUCGGAGACAACAAGAUCAGCCUCGUCCAUCUCUGAGGCAGAGCUUACAGAUGACAAUGGUUCAGCCACUUCAUCUCCGGAUGAGGCUCAUGAUGAAGAGGAGCCCACCUUUGCUGCAGUCCGCCAUUAUGAUCAAGCGCGUGUUACCACAAGCCUUCCUCGAUCGAGCUCAACUGCAAUGAUGGCAUCCAUGGAGCAACGGCAGAUGUACACAUCCAUGCGUUCAUCACAAGGCAUGGCUGCAUCUUACCCUUACCCUUCCGAUAAGAGCAACACAUGUCAAGAUCCACGAUCUGUUGAAAGUACGCCUGCGCGCAAUGGCAAGACGGCACGUGCGAUACAAGUGGCUUCAGAUGGGAUGCAGCGUUAUCUGACGAAUGUCAUUCCUAGUGGGAUUCGUCGAUCAAACUCUCGCAUGACCCUUCGCUCAAAUACGUAUGCAUGA